CGCCCAUGCAGAAAUGCCGGCAGCUCAAACUAGGGAGGCUGCCCAAGGGCAAGGCGCUUAGGUCCGUUAAAUUCAGGGGCACCACCCCCGGAGACCCUUUCCGCAUCUGGAAUACCCGCCCGACGCACCUCGUCGACCCCACACAUCCCGCUGCGCGCCUCCCCAAGCGCUCCCUCCUCUCCCUCCUCCCCUCCUACACCCACACCGCCUUCUCCGUGCGCGCGCUCCCCAAGGCGCUGCUCGACAGCGGCGACAGGCCGUUCCGCGUCGCGCCGCCCACGGGCGACGAUGCAAAGGUCGUCACGAUGAGCGCGCCGAUGAUCGUCGGCAAGAAGGCGGUGUACAAAGAUGCGUAUAUUAGGAGGAAGAUCAUGCGCAAGGUGAAGUUUGCGCUCGGGCUGGUCGUGGCGAAGGGCGCGGAGGGCGCGAGGGUGAGGACGGCCUCGGGGAAGGAGAAGGAUGUGUUGGUGCAGGGAGAGACGGAUAGGCGGCUCGUACUGCAAGAUUGGUCGUACGUAUUUUCUCCCAGCCUCGAGGUCUACAGGAUGCCCUACGAAACCCUGGUGCCCGCCCUCCGAGAUGCCCUUAUCAAGAUCCGCUCGCGCGCUCUCGUGCUGGAAGAGACGCGCUGGGGACAGGAUAAGCAGGAACGACGCCCUCAGGCAUCUGCUGAGAAGUGCAACGCUCCCCGUCGUAACGGCAGCCAGUUGAACAGGCGUCCAUAGAGGGACCGGU